AUGAAGGAUAUUGUCCGAACUCGACCGCCGAAUCAAGAUUCACUUUCAGAGAACAAUAUACAGUGGAUACGCAGCUGUCUGGAAGUGUGUCAAAAGAACCAUGCUCGAUGCAACAAAUACAGGCAGCAGAUGCAAUCUCUCAGGCAGCCGAGUUACGUGCUCGAUCUGGGCUCCUGCGGUGAUGGGCAAAUUCGGUUGAUAGAGCCGGGAAAGAAUAUCGACUUCACUAUCUUGACUUAUUGCUGGGGUCAACCGCCGCCAGACUGCACAACAACAUCAACGAACUUGCAAUAUCGCCUGGCUGGAUUUCCUCUCAAGGAUCUUCCCAAGACAAUUCGAGAUGCCAUAGAGGUUACUCUAGCUCUGGGCUUACAACAUCUUUGGGUGGAUGCACUCUGUAUUCUUCAG